CAAUAAGACCAAACGCUUUGCUAUUGUCCAAGCGGAAAGAGCCAAGUUUAUUAUGAGGACUAUAUGCUCUAGAGACCUCGGGCUAGGCGGCUCUUAGGGGGCUUUUCAUAAAACAGGGCUAGGUUCCUAUAAAGGAGGCCAGUUUUGGAGCAGGCGCUGAGCAGUGAACAUCUACCCACCGUCCAGCCUUUUUUUCCCAAUCAGUUCAAACCAAACAAGUAAUCUUUCCCCCCAAACUCAGACCGCGCGUCCUCCUCAUUUUUGUUUUUAUUAUUUUUUUCUUUCAGACCCAUUUUUUGGGUGCUUUUGUUUGCCAUUUUUUCCAGGGAAGUGCAGCUUUCUAACUCUACCGAGCCUUCUCAAAUGUAUAAAAUGGAGUAUUCUUACCUAAAUUCCUCUGCCUACGAGUCAUGUAUGGCCGGGAUGGACACUUCGAGCUUGGCAUCGGCCUAUGCGGACUUCAGUUCGUGCAGUCAAGCCAGUGGGUUUCAGUACAAUCCCAUCAGGACCACUUUUGGGGCCACCUCCGGCUGUCCGUCUCUCACGCCGGGGUCCUGCAGUCUGGGGACCCUGCGGGACCACCAGAGCAGCCCGUACGCCGCAGUUCCAUACAAACUCUUCACGGAUCACGGGGGACUGAACGAGAAGAGAAAGCAGAGGCGCAUCCGGACCACUUUCACCAGCGCACAGCUGAAGGAGCUGGAGCGGGUUUUUGCUGAAACACACUACCCGGACAUCUACACUAGAGAGGAGCUGGCACUCAAAAUCGAUCUGACUGAAGCCAGAGUGCAGGUAUGGUUCCAAAACCGACGUGCCAAAUUCCGCAAGCAGGAGCGGGCUGCAGCAGCGGCUGCAGCGGCAGCCAAGUCCAGUUCUGGAAAAAAGUCCGAUUCGAGAGAUGAAGACAGCAAAGAGACCAAAACCACCGACCCUGACAGCACAGGAGGACCGGGCCCGAACCCCGUGCCCACCUCCAACUGCGGCGGGCCGAGCCCUACCGCAGGCCAAGUCAACACCACCGGGAACGGACAAGCGGACCAAGUGAAGACCUCCGUGUCCACCGGCAUGGGAGUGACAGCACCAAGCCAAGGCUGGGCCACCGCACCGGGGACCAUCACCUCUAUCCCGGACUCAUUGGGCGGGCCCUUCGCCAGCGUAUUGUCGUCUUUGCAAAGACAGAACGGAGCCAAAGCUACGUUAGUAAAGACCAGCAUGUUCUAAUGAAGCUUCACAUCGGGGAAAGAGAAGCAGAGCAGGGGAAGAGAGAUACGUUUCCUCCUUCUCUGGAGACUGAAAAGCAAUCGCCCAAGACUGACUUAAGGACAACAAAAAGCAGUUAGGAAAAAAAGAUUACUACUGUUAUCUUUUAAUUUUACGCCUUGCGUCGUUUCUUGUGGCCAGCUGGCAGUUUGCGGCAAACAUAUCCAUCUUGACAAGUCAGAUCGUCUUAUAAUAAAAAAAAAGUUAUUUUCUACAAACAAGUGCAAGUUGUGUAAAAUCUUUUCAAGCAUGUCUCGGGACGAAAUACACUGAGAAAUAAGACAGAAAAGGUCUUUUUCUACGUGCACCAAUGUUAUCUAAACAUCCAUUAUUCAUGCAUUAAUUAAAAACACAUUAAGCGUGAAAUAAAUACUUAAAAUUGGAUCACUUGACUUGUUAAGAUGAAUAUAUUUUGUUCAGAUUUGGAGCAUAAACAAACGUCGCCGCGCUGGAAAGGCGUAGUGCCAUCAGUGAGCAAAGGAGCCUCGUUUAGUCACAUUAAAUGUCAGUGUUCAUCAGAUGCUUUGUUUCGUUCAGAGACGUUGAAUCUCCACGACUGAGGAUGCUUUCCACAAACAUAUGGUAUGAAACAACCAAUAUCCAACAAGACGCUGACGCAUUUUGCUGUUUUGUUCUCUGCAGACACAACCUGCUGUGUGGAAGUGGCCUCUUACAGCUGUGUUUUGGUUUCUAAGGCUGCUGAGAGUUUAGUUUCUUUAAAUUAUCGAUAUAAACACAAUUAUUUCCUCAAGAAAAAAGGCACAAACUUACUGCAAUGUUCACCUCUGACAGGAAAUCUGUAUGUUUUGUGUGUCUUUCUACGGCAAUGUUUUUGUGGCUCAAAAUUGUAUAGUGUUAAUACGUAUUAUUGUCUCCUAUAGUUGAACCAUAGGCCAUACUCCCUCGUAGAUCGAUCAUACAAGUCUUUUUGAUGUUUUACAAAAUUCCCUCGGAAGAAUUUAUUUUGGGUAAAAAAGGGGAAUGGAUGCAAACAUUGUAUUUAUUUCUAUAUAAUUUGCAUGUUGUCUCUUUGUCUGAUUUUACAAUGAUUUCCCUCCCAUUUUGUGAGCAUUAUGUAACAUGUUUUGUCCAGGAUCUGAAAGUUAUUUAUAUGUAGGUAAUGAAUGCUUAUAUUUAAGAAGGAAAUAUUUCUACAUGUGCACAUAGUUUUCCAGGUGUACCAUUGAAAUGAUUGUUGAUGAUAAAAAAAAAUUA